AAAUAGGCCCCCUGCCCGAAUGGUCCCAGACCCUACCUAAGUCCUAUUUCAUCCUGUUUUACUUCGUCCCAAAAACCUAAGGCCAAAGCCCUAUCUACGUAUAAGGUAUUUAUUCUCACAUUUAAAUUCAACACACUGGGGUGCUUGGGUUAAUGUGUUGGUAUGAGUGCUACAUGAAGCCAAAAACUCUAUGAAGCGCAAAAAAGUAUCAAAACAGAAAGCACGAACGUGUCUCGCGACACAUAUCAAAUCCAAUAAUCAUCUAUAUACAACGCUCAGAAUUCAUAUUCACAGUUUUGACCGUUUGUAGGUUGUUUGAUUCAAUAGUAGGUAACGCUUACAAAAUGGAAAAUAUAACAACUCUACUAGAAAGGCAAGUGCAGCUACUUCAUCGAUUAGAAACUUUCUUCGAACUUCAGGCCUGUAAGCCCGACAUUGUUCUUGAGAUGAACGAACUGAACAGACAAUGUCUCGAUACGACUAGUGCAUUCCACAAGGCAAAACUGUCGUUGGACAAAUUCCGCAGCGAACUCGGUCCGAAAUAUGUCGACGUUGUCAGGAAAAUGCAGCGCAACCAAAUGCUUGUUAUUCAUUUGAUGGAACAGUUGAAGGACGACAAUCACCAGAGGAAGCACGUACUGCGGGAACAGAACGGGCAGACAAACCCCGUCGAUUCCGCCAAAAAGACAAUCGCGGAUAAAAUGUUUCUCGCCGAUUAUCAAAAAUCGCCCUUCGUUACGAAAAUGAAACCUCGAUGCCUGUCGUUUGUGGAUUUCAACUUCAAUAUCACCCACGAAGAGUUCGAUCAAAUUCCCAAGUAUAUGCGAGGCCGCGAGAACCUGGACGAGCUGGUGGCAUUCAUGCAAUCGGUUAUCGUGCCCUGUUUCGAGGAGAAGUACUCCUUGCUAUACAAGAACAAGAAAGCCGUAACGAACCAGCAGGACCUGGCCCUGUGGAAGAUUUUCAACCAACAGCAGUCAGCAUUUCCAAAUAUCAAAUUCGUCACACAAGGGGACAUUGCUCGGAAGAUGGGUCGGCUAAUCGACAAAAAGGUGAACGUAAAACUGCAAAUGUUGCGACACCUACAUAUUCUCCAGGAAACCCGAAAUGACGGUACCGUCUAUUAUCUGUGGUGUCGCGAUUGUUAAAGGUUAUCUUCAGUGUGUUCAAAUAGUUCUUAUUUUAACUGUAAGGCUGGUAUUUGUAAUAAAUGAAUUAUAAUUUAGAAUUAACCCUCGAGUAGUCGCGUCUUUGACUACCUGCAGCGACGCCCCGCUUACGCUGUGUACCACAUGCGAGCAUUUUUCAUGGUGCGUGUACCCAGUACACGACGCGACCGCUCCGGGGUUAAGGCAGGCAACUCGAUUUUGUAUCAACCCUCUACUUCCCAUGGUUACUCCAGAGCAUCAUCGAUUUUCGAUGAACUGAAGAAUGAUUCUACGUGAUUCUUUGAUAAUAUUCGAACAGUAUUUCUGAACAAAUUGCGUCGUGAAAUUUGCUGUAGGCAGUAUUUGAAUUUAUUUGUGACAAAAUUCCGUGCAGAAUUUCUUACGGAAUUCAAGGCACUUUUAGUGAAAAGAAUAGGUUAAGUUGAUUUGAAGUGAGCAAAAUGCUGAAAACAGGUUUGGCUUUUUAUUCUGAAGCCAUCAAACUGUUGGUCAAACAUCGUGUGCCCAACGGCCAACUCGCUUCGAUUUACGUAAUGUUUACACAAUUGAUUAAAUAUAGCACAAACCUGAGCAAAUUGAUCAGCAGUGUGGCUAGGUUUGACCAACCGUA